GAUUUCAGUUAGAAUCGUUAACGUGCGCGAAUAUCAUUGGGCCCCUUCCCAUCGUAUGGCAAAUUUCACAUCCUUCCAUUUCUCUUCUAGGGUUUCAAUAUCUCUCCACCUCCGCUAGUUCCAGCUCUCUGCCUUGCCGGUCGGUGAAUAUUACGGAAAAUCUUAUUUUCCGAUAACAAUCCCGACCUGCUUUCCCUCGAAAAUUUCUAACCCUCUCAAUUAGCCACCUUUGUUCCGUCCAGAUUACUGAUUCCAACUCCCGACGGUUCAACUUUGUGAAAAUUAAUUUUCGUUUAUGAUUGACGCUUCGUUCAUCAAAAUUUCAUUUGUUGAUUGAAAUCUACGUCAUCUUUUGCUAUUGAAACAACUCUAGCCUAAUCUCUCGUUCUGGUGAUUGGUUGCAGUAAUUUGGAGGGAUAUAGAUUGAGAAUUGUGUGUGGAAUAUAGGUGAAGAUGGCCAGUCAAGGUGGAUCUUCGAGGAAAAGUUUUUCGUUGUCAAAUUCAUCUUCUACGCUUGCGAGGAAGAAAUCAUCUGAGAAUGGUGGAGCCCCGGAUUCUGCACGAAAAUCUUUCACCACUUCUCGGCCCGGGGGACUAACUGGUGAGCGUACAGUGAAACGAUUGCGCCUGUCAAAGGCCCUGACAGUACCUGAAGCCACAAGUAUUUAUGAGGCUUGCCGUCGUAUGGCUGCUCGUAGAGUUGAUGCUUUAUUGCUAACGGACUCAAAUGCGUUACUUUGUGGAAUCCUCACAGAUAAGGAUGUAGUAACAAGAGUAAUUGCUCGUGACAUUAAUCUUGAGGAAACACCAGUUUCCAAAGUUAUGACAAGGAACCCAGUUUUUGUUCUUUCUGACACCCUUGCUGUGGAAGCUCUACAGAAGAUGGUUCAAGGAAAAUUCAGACAUUUGCCUGUUGUGGAAAAUGGAGAGGUCAUUGCUAUACUUGAUAUAGCAAAGUGUUUAUAUGAUGCUAUUGCUCGUAUGGAAAGGGCAGCUGAGAAGGGAAAGGCUAUUGCUGCAGCUGUUGAAGGUGUAGAAAAAAAUUGGGGGACAACCUUAUCUGGACCUAAUACGUUCAUUGAAACACUUCGAGAGCGGAUGUUUAGACCGUCUUUAUCUACAAUAAUUCAGGAGAAUUCAAAGGUUGUAACAGUUUCUCCAACUGAAAGUGUUUUGGCAGUGACAAAGAAGAUGCUUGAAUUUCGGUCAAGCUCUGCAGUGGUGAUGGUUGAUCACAAACCACGAGGAAUUUUAACCUCUAAGGAUAUCUUGAUGCGAGUAAUAGCACAAAAUCUUCCUCCAGAUACCACUGUUGUGGAGAAGGUUAUGACUCCUAACCCUGAAUGUGCAACCAUUGAUACACCAAUUGUUGAUGCUCUUCAUAUCAUGCAUGAUGGGAAGUUUUUGCACCUUCCUGUGGUAGAUAGAGAUGGGAAUAUAGUUGCUGUGGUUGAUGUGAUUCAUAUUACUCAUGCAGCAGUUGCCACGGUUGGAAGUACUGCUGGAGUAAAUAAUGAGGCAGCAAGCACAAUGAUGCAAAAGUUUUGGGAUUCUGCAAUGGCUUUAAGUCCCAACGAGGAUGAUGAGGAUACACGGAGUGAAGGUUCCUUGAAAUUGCCUUCUGAAGGAGGAGAGACAGGAAGAUCCCUUGCCUAUCCUUCAUCAGGGUUGCCAAAUACAUUUGGGUUCAAAAUUGAAGACAAGAAGGGGCGAAUGCACAGAUUUACUUGUGAUACUAGGAGUUUGACAGAUCUAGUAACGGCUAUACUUCAGAGGUUAGGGGAUGACAUUGACCGAAACAAUUUGCCUCAAAUUCUGUAUGAAGAUGAAGAUCAUGAUAAAGUUGUUCUGGAGUCAGAUAGUGAUCUUGCUGCAGCCGUUGAGCAUGCAAAAUUAGUUGGUUUCAAGGGUCUGAGAUUGCAUUUAGACUAUUCUGGAAUACGUGGUCGACGGAGGAGUUCUACUUCAGGAGAUAUGGAUUACGCUCACACAGAUGCAUGGGCUGCUGCAUACAGUGCUGUUGCAGCAGGUGCGGCUCUGGUUGCUGGGUUAGGUGUACUAGCAUACUUACGAAGAUCUGGUUACUGAUGCUUGAAUUUUUCUUUUUGGAAAAAAAAAAAUAGAAUUACCAGUUCAUACAAAUUAAUUUCUCCUGAACUAAAUGACCAAAAUGGAAUUGGCUUGGAGGGUAUUUCUUGUGCUUGAUAUGUGUUUUUGUAGAACUAAAUUUGUACAAGAAAAAAUGAAAAAAAAAAAAAAGAGAAGUAAAUUUCUUGGUGCUGGGUACUCCACGACACUGCAUAUGUCAAGUAUUGAGUGGUGGAAUGUGCAUUCUUUCUGGUACGCGAAGUUGGAGAUUUUUUGAUGUGUAAAAAAUAAAAUAUGCCACUUUCUGAGCUGUCUGCCUGACAAUUUGCUGAUCAUUUUUGACCUA